AUGAGAUUCAAAGAUUUCUUCUGUUGUUUCAGGUGUCAGAAGGAGCCUGAAGAGGACGAAAAUAAUCUUGUUGAGCUUGGGGAAGAAAAUGGCGUUGAGCCGGACGUAGAAAAUGUGAUUGAGCUGGAGAAAGAAAAUGAACCUGAAGAGGACGAAGAUAAUGUUGAUGAGCUCGGGGAAGAAAAUUGCAUUGAGUUGGACGUAGAAAAUGUGAUUGAGCUGGAGAAAGAAAUUGAGCCUGAAGACGACGAGGAUAAUGUUGAAGAGCUCGGGGAAGAAAAUGGCAUCGAGUUAGACGUGGAAAAUGUGAUUGAGGUGGAGAAAGAAAAUGUGCCUGAAGACGACGAGGAUAAUGUUGAUGAGCUGGAGGAAGGAAAUGACGCAAAUGAAUACAGUAUUCGGCCAAGAAAGAAGGACGAAGUGUUGGGCUGGCAACCUUCACUCGACGAUAUUGAAGAAGAAAACGCAAUCGAAUGCAUCUCGAUCGAAGAGAUCUUCGAAGAAGAACAGGAAAACCAAAUUGUUGAAUUAAAGAACAGGAAUGACGAUGAGGGCGAGCCGAAAGAGGACGGGGAUAAUGUUGAUGAUCUGGAGGAAGAAAAUGACGCAAAUGAAUACAGUAUUCGGCCAAGAAAGAAGGACGAAGUGUUGGGCUGGCAACCUUCACUCGACGAUAUUGAAGAAGAAAACACAAUCGAAUGCAUCUCGAUCGAAGAGAUCUUCGAAGAAGAACAGGAAAACCAAAUUGUUGAAUUAAAGAACAGGAAUGACGAUGAGGGCGAGCCGAAAGAGGACGGGGAUAAUGUUGAUGAUCUGGAGGAAGAAAAUGACGCAAAUGAAUACAGUAUUCGGCCAAGAAAGAAGGACGAAGUGUUGGGCUGGCAACCUUCUCUCGACAAUAUUGAAGAAGAAAACGCAAUCGAAUGCAUCUCGAUUGAAGAGAUUUUAGAAGAAGAACAGGAAAACGAAUUUGCGAACGUACAGAACAGGAAUGAGGAUGACGGCGUCCAUAUUACGGUUUUUGGACAUUUAACAUACUUUCUUUUUUUGUGUCAGAAGGAGCCUGAAGAGGACGAAAAUAAUCUUGUUGAGCUUGGGGAAGAAAAUGGCAUUGAGCUGGACGUAGAAAAUGUGAUUGAGCUGGAGAAAGAAAAUGAACCUGAAGAGGACGAAGAUAAUGUUGAUGAGCUCGGGGAAGAAAAUUGCAUUGAGUUGGACGUAGAAAAUGUGAUUGAGCUGGAGAAAGAAAUUGAGCCUGAAGACGACGAGGAUAAUGUUGAAGAGCUCGGGGAAGAAAAUGGCAUCGAGUUAGACGUGGAAAAUGUGAUUGAGGUGGAGAAAGAAAAUGUGCCUGAAGACGACGAGGAUAAUGUUGAUGAGCUGGAGGAAGGAAAUGACGCAAAUGAAUACAGUAUUCGGCCAAGAAAGAAGGACGAAGUGUUGGGCUGGCAACCUUCACUCGACGAUAUUGAAGAAGAAAACGCAAUCGAAUGCAUCUCGAUCGAAGAGAUCUUCGAAGAAGAACAGGAAAACCAAAUUGUUGAAUUAAAGAACAGGAAUGACGAUGAGGGCGAGCCGAAAGAGGACGGGGAUAAUGUUGAUGAUCUGGAGGGAGAAAAUGACGCAAAUGAAUACAGUAUUCGGCCAAGAAAGAAGGACGAAGUGUUGGGCUGGCAACCUUCACUCGACGAUAUUGAAGAAGAAAACACAAUCGAAUGCAUCUCGAUCGAAGAGAUCUUCGAAGAAGAACAGGAAAACCAAAUUGUUGAAUUAAAGAACAGGAAUGACGAUGAGGGCGAGCCGAAAGAGGACGGGGAUAAUGUUGAUGAUCUGGAGGAAGAAAAUGACGCAAAUGAAUACAGUAUUCGGCCAAGAAAGAAGGACGAAGUGUUGUCUAUAAGUCAAUCGCAGUAUACGUGUCAGAAGGAGCCUGAAGAGGACGAAAAUAAUCUUGUUGAGCUUGGGGAAGAAAAUGGCGUUGAGCCGGACGUAGAAAAUGUGAUUGAGCUGGAGAAAGAAAAUGAACCUGAAGAGGACGAAGAUAAUGUUGAUGAGCUCGGGGAAGAAAAUUGCAUUGAGUUGGACGUAGAAAAUGUGAUUGAGCUGGAGAAAGAAAUUGAGCCUGAAGACGACGAGGAUAAUGUUGAAGAGCUCGGGGAAGAAAAUGGCAUCGAGUUAGACGUGGAAAAUGUGAUUGAGGUGGAGAAAGAAAAUGUGCCUGAAGACGACGAGGAUAAUGUUGAUGAGCUGGAGGAAGGAAAUGACGCAAAUGAAUACAGUAUUUGGCCAAGAAAGAAGGACGAAGUGUUGGGCUGGCAACCUUCACUCGACGAUAUUGAAGAAGAAAACGCAAUCGAAUGCAUCUCGAUCGAAGAGAUCUUCGAAGAAGAACAGGAAAACCAAAUUGUUGAAUUAAAGAACAGGAAUGACGAUGAGGGCGAGCCGAAAGAGGACGGGGAUAAUGUUGAUGAUCUGGAGGAAGAAAAUGACGCAAAUGAAUACAGUAUUCGGCCAAGAAAGAAGGACGAAGUGUUGGACUGGCAACCUUCACUCGACGAUAUUGAAGAAGAAAACACAAUCGAAUGCAUCUCGAUCGAAGAGAUCUUCGAAGAAGAACAGGAAAACCAAAUUGUUGAAUUAAAGAACAGGAAUGACGAUGAGGGCGAGCCGAAAGAGGACGGGGAUAAUGUUGAUGAUCUGGAGGAAGAAAAUGACGCAAAUGAAUACAGUAUUCGGCCAAGAAAGAAGGACGAAGUGUUGGGCUGGCAACCUUCACUCGACGAUAUUGAAGAAGAAAACGCAAUCGAAUGCAUCUCGAUCGAAGAGAUCUUCGAAGAAGAACAGGAAAACCAAAUUGUUGAAUUACAGAACAGAACGAUCGAAGAGAUCUUCGAAGAAGAACAGGAAAACCAAAUUGUUGAAUUACAGAAUCGAAUGCAUCUCGAUUGA